GAGCGAAAACAGGCGCGGAUACCGUCCGGGAAGGCCGGUGCGGAAGGUGGCGGGGGAGGGGACGGUCGGCCGAAGGCUCCCCGGGGCGGGCCGGCGGGAGUCGUGGUCAGUGGUGAUUUCUUCUGGAGUCGUUUCCUCAGCUCCUUCCAGCCCCUUGGGCGGCACCUUCUAUCUUUGAGGCGUUAAAGGAGCAGCAAAUGGAUUUCUCAUGGAAGUUUGUGUUGAUUCAGUGGAGUCAGCUGUGAAUGCAGAAAGAGGAGGUGCUGAUCGGAUUGAAUUAUGUUCUGGUUUAUCAGAGGGGGGAACUACACCCAGCAUGGGUGUCCUUCAAGUAGUGAAGCAGAGUGUUCAGAUCCCAGUUUUUGUGAUGAUUCGGCCACGGGGAGGUGAUUUUUUGUAUUCAGAUCGUGAAAUUGAGGUGAUGAAGGCUGACAUUCGUCUUGCCAAGCUUUAUGGUGCUGAUGGUUUGGUAUUUGGGGCAUUGACUGAAGAUGGACACAUUGACAAAGAGCUGUGUAUGUCCCUUAUGGCUAUUUGCCGCCCUCUACCAGUCACUUUCCACCGAGCCUUUGACAUGGUUCAUGAUCCAAUGGCAGCUCUGGAGACCCUCUUAACCUUGGGAUUUGAACGCGUGUUGACCAGUGGAUGUGACAGUUCAGCAUUAGAAGGGCUACCCCUAAUAAAGCGACUCAUAGAGCAGGCAGAAGGCAGGAUUGUGGUAAUGCCAGGAGGUGGUAUAACAGACAGAAAUCUACAAAGGAUCCUUGAGGGUUCAGGUGCUACAGAAUUCCACUGUUCUGCUCGGUCUACUAGAGACUCGGGAAUGAAGUUUCGAAAUUCAUCUGUUGCCAUGGGAGCCUCACUUUCUUGCUCAGAAUAUUCCCUAAAGGUAACAGAUGUGACCAAAGUAAGGACUUUGAAUGCUAUCGCAAAGAACAUCCUGGUGUAGCCAGACCUCUCUGAGAGACAUGGAUAUCACAGGAUGAAGGUAGAACUAUAAUCUGCAAUUCUCUAUGACACAGCUUUAACCUUCUUCUCUGGCCAGGACAGUCGCAAUCUUUGUUUUAAGUUUCACGUGGCCAUGGAGAAUGUGCCCAAGAAGAAAAAGAAUUUGAAACAGAGAUACAGUCACUUCCUUUGCUUAGUCUUACCAGUGAUUGUCAUCAUGGUUAAAGCUGGUCUGUGCUUCUUCCAUAGACAGAAGCUUAGUCUGUUUUCAGUGGAAUUAAUUGAUGAACUGGGAAAAUUUUAACUGCAUGGUAUGAAUUCAGAGUGUGACUUAAGGGUCAAUUCAAAGCAGUAUUUUGACUUUUCAUUUGUAAAAUAAAAAUUUCCACUAUUACA